UUAAAAAAUAAAAUUAAAUGGGAGGAUUAAAUUGACGCAUAAAAGGCCAGCAGCCCAACUGGCUGAGAUGGUCUUGGGUCAAGUUCUACCCGAGAACGACCCAGAGAAACCAAACCGAUCUUCACUCUCUCGUUCACUCUCUCGUUCUCACUUCACUCUCUCGUUCUUUCUCUCUGCCACGAAGAACGACCAGAGAAACCAAACCGAUCUGCUCUCUCCCUAUCACCCUCUUCCUCCAACUCUCUCUCACGUCAUAUGGAAACAGAGAAGAUAAACCGAAAAAGGGAAACGAACCCUAAGCGAGGCGGGGUUGUGAUGCCAUUGGAGGCGACGGUAGCGAUGGCGUCGGCGGCGAGGAGAGGUUCGCGAUGGCCGCGACGCGACGGCGGCGGCGGAGCGAGGGCCGAAAUUGCUCAACGCGACGACGGUGUCAAAGGAGAAGAAGAAAUGGAAUUCUCCGGAUGGCGAGGGCUCCUGGCGACGGUGCGAGGAUGAAAAGCCACCGGCCAGGUUCGAUUUCGGGGUAAGCUAUUUUGAUUUCAAUACGUUGGUUUUCGUUUUUCGAUUUCUGGGUAUCACGAUUCUAACUCGUUUUUGUGUGAUUUGAUUUGGAUCCGAUCGAGGGGAGGCGAAAGGUAGACAAGUGAAGGGAGCCAGCUGCAGAGUGCCUUGUCGGCGACGGGAACUAAAAAAGGCAGAGGCGGUGGAUUCAGUUUAAAGUGAGAUUUUCUGUGGCUUUUUCUUACUUAGGUUUGUUUGUAAUUUUGGGUUUGAAAAUUGAGAAAUUUUACAAUGCUAUAUAGUAUUGGUGCUAUAGGUUUUUGCUUUUAUUGUACAACUUAAAAUAGUACAUUUACGUUAUGGUAUAACUUUAGUAUGUACCUAUACUUUUUGUGCAAAUUCUUUUAUGGUACAACUUGAACUUAUACAUUUAUGUGAUGGUACAACUUCAAGUUGUAAAGUUGUACCGUAACAUAAUGGUACAAAUUGCUUUAUGGUACAACCUAAACUCAUACAUUUAAUGUUAUGGUACAACUUUGAGUUGUACAUUAAAGCACCAAUGCUAUAUAGCAUAGUAGAAGUGCUCUUGAAAAUUCUGAUUUUUCUAUGGUUUGCUAAUCUAGAGAUUUUCUGGUUGAUUUUUUUUGGCUUAAAUGGUCAACAAGGAGGAGAGGAAGGGCAGCUGCCACCGACAAUCCUGAAUACUGCCGGCGGCGAGAACGAUGACGACAGGGAGAUAGAUCCCUUCUUUUGGUAAGUUUUUCGUGGUUUAAGCUAUAGGUUGACUAGAGUAGUGAGUUUGUUGAUCCUUUUGGUUUUACCUUGAUUGAAUAAUAUGGGAUGACUGAUUCUGGUUAGUUUUGAUAAAUUGAUAGUGUUACGAAUCUGGGUUGUGUAUCGAGAUUCAUAUGUUAUGGUUUAUGGCUGAAAAUUAUUGAUGGUUUAUGGGUUUAAAACUGAGAACUUAUAGUGAUUGCUGGGGUUUUAGAGUUAGAGAAUAGUACAUGCUCAAGGUGAUUUCGAUCCUGGGAAAUCAUGUUUUGUGGAUUUGGCUUCGAGAUUUGGAGGGUUUAUGGUUUUUAUUAGAUUUGUUUUGCGGUAGAUAGUUACUUUGGGGUGGUUUAAUUUUACAUAAGAUGGGUGUCCUAACUACCAAGUAAAAUACAAAAUAUAGCAGAGAAAACAGAACUAGCUUUUAUUGUAGCUCAUGAUAUUAAUUAUAUAGGCCUGUUUGGAUUGGAUAUACUAAUCAAAGCGACUGACACAAAACACAGAAAGGAAACAUUUAGCUUUUACUUGUGGAUAUGCUCAAUCAUGAAAAUAUUUUAAUAGAUAUACUGAAAUGAAUGACAAAAACUGAUAGACUAGAAAGGAAUAUGAUGAACUUAUAAAGAAAGUAGUAAACUCGAUUUGUUGAUUUAUUUUGCUAUCAUGGUGAGAUUAGCCAUUUUGUAAUUUGAAUGGCGUUGCUUGAGCUUGGAGGUGGGUUUUGGCUUUUGGUAAACUUUAAUUAUGAGUCGACAUGAACUAAACAAAUGAAUAAUCAGUUGUUGGGUUAUUUGUUGUUAACCAACCUUUUGCUUGCCCUUUGGUGAAGGCGAUGGCUGUUGCCUCUUCCCCUAGCUUUUGGGAGCUUUGCUGGUUGCUACUGCCUUUGGCUGCUGCUUUUUGCUACUUAUGACUUUGUGUGUUGUUGUCGUUUGUUUGUCUAUGAAGAAGAAGAAACAGGAGUAGGAGCAGUAGCAGCGAAGGGAAGGGGAGGGAAAUUUUUGUUGUCUGUAUAUUGAAGAAGGAGAAAGGAAUUCACAGAAAGGAAUUCACAGAAGAAAGAAAUUGGGAAGUGGAAGAGAAGAGAAGAAGCUCUUUAUUUUGUGGGGAGGAAGAAGAAGAACCACAGCAGAAGAAGAAGUUUUUUUAUUUUAGAGGAAGGGAAGAGUGUCCGCCCUUCGUAAGAGCCAAGAGGCUCCUUUUUUAUAGGAAAAACGACAACUUGUGCGCUAAGUUUUGCUACAGUAGUGGUCUGGAUUUGGGUCGGACCAGUUUGGGUUGGGUCCGACCUGAAUUGGUUAACUUUUCUUGACUUACAUUGACCUUGGGCUUUGACAUUAUUGACUAAAGUUGACUGAUUGGA